CUAGAAUUCACACUUAACCAUUCUUGAUUUAGUUUUUGUUUAAAUAGGCCGACGUUCACUUGCCCUUGUUCUACAAGGAGCAUUGAAGGUACUAUCACUGACGAUAUCUAAGAGAAAAAAGCUGCUUGAUAGUUUUCUCUUACGUCCCAGCAUCAAUUUUUCCUCUUAUAAAAACUCCACUUCAUAUAAUAAAUGCACUGUUCCAUUUAUCGUGGCUCCAAGACACUUCAAACUAAAGGCAGCUGAAUAUGCAACAUCCCUUUCUUAUCAGAUCUAGGAACAGAAGUAUUUUUCCCACUUAUUAGGUCUUCUUCUUCUUCUUCUUCUUUUUCGUCUUCUUCUUCUUCUUCUUCUUCUUCUUCUUCUUCUUCUUCUUCUUCUUAGUUUUGAUAACGCGUUGUUUUCCCCCGAGAUGGACCGUGAGAUAAGGCAGAGACGGAUCGUCACUGUGGCUGGCUCUCAAUCAGGCGAGCCAGUCGGACCGAGUCAGAACGCUCUAGCUUCGUGCAAUGAAACUCCUGAAGAAGAAGCAACAAAAGGUGGUUUCUGAAAGUGUUUGAGGCGUCUGAGAGAAGGAGAUAUUCUGCAGUCAAUAUCAUGCUUUAUGCAGAUUAUCUGCUAAAAUUAUUUAUAUUUGGGCUAGUCAACACUGCAUUAUCGGGGAUGACCAGGAACUUCGAAGAUGCAAAAGCUGUGAUAACUCCAGUACAAAGUAUCUACACAAUGUUUGGAAGAGAAAGAAAGCCAUUUAUCGGUAAUGACGCUAUAUAUCCACAGAAACCUGAAGACCCUGCAGCACAAUCUGGCAUUGUCUUAAGCCUCAGCAGGCAAAUCAUGAGUCUGGAACAUUCAGAUAAUGUCAUUCCAGAAUCUAACUCAAAAGUGGCUGUUUCUCAUCAUAAUACCAACUUUUCUAAAAUAUUUCCACGAGGAAGCCAAAUCAGGCUAACACGUAGCGAGACAUCAAAAGAUAGAUUCACUGUAGAUGAUGGAACUAAAGCCUAUCUGCAGCAAAACUUAAUCUUGAAUGGGUCCCAUAGUGAGAGUGGUAAAAGUUUUAACGUAGUGAUUCAAACCAAAGAACUUCACUCAAGUCCAGGGGUAUCUGAACUGAGCUCUACCGUGACUUCAGCGUUAACUUCUACGUCGACUAUCUCUCCUUUAGAAGCCGGUGAGGAGGUGACGGUGGUGAAUCUGCACAGCGACGGAAUCAUCACUUUGGAGAACAUCAUCGACGUCCCCACCAACGCCCUGCCCACUCUCCAACAGUUCAGCGUCUGUACCAGAUUUCGACUGGAGCAUUAUUCGGCCAUGUCGAGUUUUGCCAGCUACUACGCCGAAGGAGAAGCCAACGAAUUGUAUUUCGGGUACAAACACGAGGGCGUCAUCUCCGUGUUCUGCUGUCACAGCGCGGUGGCCCUCCACGUGCAGACGCCAGGACCUCCCGCCCAGUUGAUGAAGUGGAACGACAUUUGCCUAGUCCUCGACUUGAAGGCUCGACACUAUCACAUGAUGAUGAACGGAGAGAUCUGGAAUUCCACAAUUCCAGUGAAGAAGAAGAGUGAUGAAACCGAGGUCGUUAAGGUGAUAGGAGGUGGUCGUUUCGUCAUAGGUAACGAUAUGGACAGCCUGGAAGGAGACUUUGCCAUUGACCAGGCGAUGAAAGGGGAGCUGGCGAAUUAUGUGUUCUAUGACUCAGUUCUCACACCUCAGAAUAUGAAAGAUUAUGCUACUUGUCAAACAAAGGUUGGGGGACUGGAACCCCUCUAUCAGUUCUCCGCAUCAUGGCCGAUAUCAGAACUGAAAGGGAAAACAUCCCGAUACACAGCUCCGAUUGAGUCUGUUUGUCCCAAGAAAAGAGGCCGCCAUACCACUGUACAUUUCCAAUACAAAAUGGGGUUCUCUGAAGCAAAUCGCUGGUGCGGUAUUUUGAAAGGUUCUCUGGAAGUUCCAGAAAAUGAUGAAGAGCAUGAAAAGUCUGCCAACUUAGCUGGAAGGUUUAUGAAGCAAUGCACUUUAGGAGCAGGCAUAUAUUGGUUGGGAAUUUACAGAAAUAAUUCGGGCGAAUCAUGGAGAAAGAUGCGCAAUAAAGAUACUCUUUCAUGGGACAAACUUAUUCCAGCAACAAAAGCCACAGAUGCAUACACAUGUGCCGUAGUUUUGUCUACAGUGUUCAAGAAUAACUGGUCUCCGGUGCCUUGUGACGACAGAAUAUGCCCAAUAUGCAGGUUCGAGGAACAGCCAACUUUUCGUUUGAGGGGACUUUGCAGAGCGUCGAAAUUUGAUAAAAUUUAUACACUGAAGAAUAAUAGAGAAGGAGAUCCAGAGUUUCUUGGUUUUUUUCUGUCCAAAAUUCACUUAGUUGCAAGACAGUGGGUAAUGAAAAUGACUUCUAACGAAAGUGGAGUGUACGCAGUGACCGACCCAGGCCCACUUUACGGCUAUCCGAUUGGCAGACGCAUAUGGACCAUAGAGGGUGAUGAGUGCCAGGUAGAUAAGACAGUGGAGACUCUCCUACUCACACUCUGCCACGCGAGCGAAUACACAUGCGACGACGGAAGCUGCAUCCCUCGAGAGCAGAGGUGCGACCAGAAGACCCAGUGCGGCGACCUAAGCGACGAGUUCAACUGCUCCGUCAUCAUCCCUGCCACGAGUUACUCCAAAGACAUCCCGCCUCCUGCGUCCAGCGAGGAUCCCCUGGGGAUCACUUUCAAGCAGGAAAUCAUAUCGGUGAAAGAGCUGAACAUCGCAGAGUUUAGGGUGGAGAUCGAUGCUUGCCAGACGUUGACUUGGAGGGACUUCCGGCUGAGAUUCAGGAACCUUGAGCCCGGGAAUUUCACCAACAGAGUCAAGCCGGAUGAGAUGCCAUGGGUACCUGGAUUCAACGUCCAGUCAGAGGAUCGAACCAUUGCCACCAAUACGGAGAAAACUACUGUAUUAUUCGUGCAGCGUGACAGUCCUCCUCUAGAGAAAACAGAUAUAUCAACUAUAGAGGACGAUCUCUUCGAGGGCGACAGGAACACCCUCGUGCUGAUGACUUGUUAUUCGCUGGUCUUUUCGUGCCAGUUCAACCUGAGGCGUUACCCUUUCGAUACUCAGGUCUGCUCCGUCCUGUACCUCGGGAAUCAGUUCAACACCGACAUCCGAUACGUCAUCGAUUCUGUAGAAUUCAUUGGAAACCGGAGGCUUCUGGAGUACGAGCUAACUAACGUCUCUUCAGAGAUCGUGAAAAUAAACAAAGAAAUGGCCAUCAAGGUAGCGUUGGAGUUUAAAAACCAGUACGCUUUUUACAUCGGGAAUGCCUUCAUGCCCAGCGGCCUUCUGAUAAUCAUCUGCUAUCUAACCUUUGUUUUUGAUCUAGAUGACUUUCAGGACAGAAUCAUGGUGUCCCUGACGUCUCUGCUGGUUCUGGCGGGAUUCCUCACACAGACGAACCAGUCUGUACCCCACACGGCCUACUUGAAGUUCAUCGACGUGUGGUACGCUUGCCUCAUCAUCCUCAACUUCACAAUGGUCAUCACUCAGGUCGCCGUCGAGGUCUUCCGUCUCCAGAGAGAGAAGAAGAAAGAGAACGAGGCCAAACUGACUGUUAUCAGUCGAAAACCUUUGCGUAUGUUCGAGGUGUCCGACUCUCCUCGGCGCACCUUAGGGCACAGCUCUGCCUCAGCGCUGUUUCGAAGUCUGUGUGAGAUGGACCGUGCCCUCUUGAUCAACAGAGGGGCCAUCUAUUGCUUCCCGGCGGUGGGAUUAGUAUUCCAGAUCCUGUUCAUCUGCCUUGCAGUCAAUAUCAUCUGAGAAGGCUUCUAGUUUUAGGCUUUUUGUCAGUGUCACUGUUCAUAUUGGAAGUUGUUCUUCUCUUCAAAGUCUAAUUGUGAAGCAGCUUCUUGUGGCCACAGUAUAAUUCUAAUGGCUGAAUCAAGGCUCAGAAAAGGCACUUGUCAUUCAGGAAUUUACCACUUCAUUGGGCAUUGCAGUAUAUGAAGCGGAGCACUAUACUGGAAUAAUUUAGUCUGUAGAUAUUAGCAUCAUCAUAUAUAAUUCGUAUGCCGUUAUGAUGAAAAGUUAUUGAUGUACACUAUGUAGAACACGUGCAUUGUUUAUUACCGGUGGUGCACAUUAUAAUUAUUACCUCAAAAUAAAUUAUUUAUUCUUAGAUCUAAGAUUAUAUUUGCCGUUUUUUAUUAUUAAUAUCAGAGGCGGACCACCACUAUAAGUCAGUGAGUGAGUUCGGAGAAAAGCUGUAUUGCUGUCAUUCAUCAACACCGGGAGAUAAAUAGGUUUGUUUUAGGAGAGUAGCCAUUCUGUUGUUUAUCCGCUCGGGUUUAUUUUACUCGACAAUCAAGGAAGGAAAUGAGGUAUUCUUUGAAAUCGGGGGCGCCAUCUGGUCUCUAAAAGUGGGCGGGGGGUGGGGGGAAGCUGUUUCAUUCUGAGAAUUAUGGUUAAUAUUGAUGAGCGAAAAGAGCCUAUGCAGCUGGCUGUUUCAAGGCUGGCGGUGUAAGCACAACCUCCCCUAACAGCCCCCCCCCCCCCCCCCCCCGGGAAAUUUAGAAGAAAUGAACAUGAUCUGGUGUAUUUUAAUGCCAUAUACAUAUAAAUAUAUGGAUGACAUUAAGUGAAAAGGAUGACUGAUUAAUCAACAUUAGUCAGUCUACAAGUUUAUAAGUUCACAAUUUAUAGAUGGGCUAAAAUACGGUACAUGUCUUCUGUGACAUCCUCCUCUAUAGUUCCACUUAAGUCUGUAGAGACUAUGAUCAGUAUUUAAUAUUAGAAACUUUGACAGUAUAAGCAUUAAGGAUAAAAAUAAACUUAUUGUUUUAUGGUGCAGUAUAUUACAGGAUUUAUAGGACUCCAUUGAGAGUCUAAAAUAAUAGUGUCCUAUAACAAUUAAAAUCCUUUUACUCCAAUGUGGGUUUUAAUACCGAAGGUUAACGGUGGUUGAAAAAGUGGUAGUAAAUAAGCGAAUGACAAGAAUGAUAAUCUAUUAUAGAUGAUUCGCCUAAGGUAGAUUCUUGGGUGAGGAGCCCUAUUCCUACGAACGCGCCUCAGUGGCGUGAUCGGUGUGGUCUUGACCUCCCACCUCAGUGGCCGCGAGUUCGAUUCUCGGGCAUUCCACUGAGGGGUUAGAGAUGUGUAUUUCUGGUAAAAGAAGUUCACUCUCGACGUUCGGGAGUCACGUAAAGCCGUUGGUCCCGUUGCUGAAUAUCCUCUGGUUCCAUGCAACGUUAAAACACCAUACAAACCCAAACCCUAUUCCUACGAGACGCUUGUUUGGCGGCCUCUGAUUGGCUGGUACCGGGAGGUAGGUAGGCGGUCGUUCAGUGUCAUAUUUUCGUCUGCUGCUUAGAAAACUAGCCAUAUGUUUUUUAUUUCUUCACUCAUCUCACGUUUUGCACAAGAUAGGAAAGUUUCGGCCGUAUCAAACGAUUCUGUAUUAAUUGUACGACUUAAUCAUGAUUACCUGAAAUCAAUAAGAUAAACACAAAGGAAUGACGAGUAAAAGAAGCGA